UGGGUCUUCCUUGGAAAAAACCGUCAAAGCAGUCGCUCUGGAAAGGAAGCACUGCGACGGAAGUCGUUGCUUAGCUUUCCUAGCCUGACCGGCACCCAGCUCUUGCUCUGGCGGACGACUAGCUCUCCAAGUCAACGGGUAGCGGCAUCGAAUACUAUCUCCAUUUCCAUUACUAUCUCCAUUUCGAGCAGAGGCACUGUACCCACUGGCGUAUAAAUAAUGGAGACGGUGCACGUUUAUGCCCGGAUGCUGCGCCAGUUCGGCAGGCCUCUACGCCUCAGGGACCAGGAUGAUGUCCAGGACAGGAAAGGCGACGUGAAAGCGGAUGAGUCCAUCAUCGUGCAGGACUACAUCUCCAAGAAUCCUGUCGAUGCCGCUACACAGAAAGGCACCGAAAUGUCGACAAACGAGACAAACACAGAGAACGUGAAGGUUGAGAGCAGGGCUAUGAACCACGUGGAGGGUGGCUGGCCGAAAGACAUCAACAUCUCCGAAGCAGAGCCGAUGAUCCGUUUCCGUAAGAAAGUGGAGAAGGACAUGGAGUACAUACAGAUUGUGCAGAAUCUGUGCAGGACAAUGGAGUAUGGGAUCAAGGAGAACAACUCAAUAGACAUCUAUGAAGAGUAUUUCCCGGAGGAGUCGGGUUUCUUGGAUGGUCCAGCGGAGAUCAAGGUCGUCAACACCUUCAAGGAUCUGCAUUCCAUUGGUCGACCUAUUUCCAGCAUCAGUUGGAGCCAAUCAAACACGUUCAAAAUAGCAGCCGCUCACUCCAUCGUGGACUUCCAGCGUGGCGAGAAGAACAUGCAGUACGAUUCCUACGUUUGGGACAUUUCUAGCCCAAAGAAGCCUGACUUUGUGAUCAAGUCUCCCUCUCCCAUAGUAACUCUGGACUUCUAUCCCAAGGACAUGAGUUCGCUGGCGGGAGGUCUCCUGAAUGGUCAAGUUGCUUUCUGGGACCUGCGCAAAGGCUCUCAACCCGUAGAAGUAUCUGACCUGGACCACAGUCACAAGUUUGCCGUCCGCCAGCUUAUCUACCUUUCAGCCAAAUCAGGCACUGAAUUCUUCACCACGUCAACCGAUGGCACAGUCAUGUGGUGGGAUGUUCGCAAGAUGAAGGAGCCGUGCACCACCCUGGAGCUGUGUAACGAGAGAUUUGGCAAAGACAAGUACGGAGGAACAUGUCUUGAAUACGAUCCAACACAGUCCACGCGCUUCAAGGUGGGCACUGAGCAGGGCCGAAUCCUGACUGGUAACCGGAAGGGGAAAAGCCCAGCAGACAUGCUGAUGAACAUGUUCAGUGGACACACAUCACCUGUUCACACAGUGCAGAGGAACCCACUUGCCAAAGAGACCUUUCUGAGCAUCGCCGGUUGGAUGUGUCAUAUCUGGUCCGAAGACAUCAAGGAGGCACCUCUCUUGUCUACAAGGCUGGACGAAGCAUAUCUGUUGGAUGGUUGCUGGAGCCCAACUCGACCUGCCGUCUUCAUGACGGCCAAGUCUGACGGGGUGCUGGAUGUGUGGGACAUCAGCAGGGACCAGAAGAACCCUUUUGCCAGCAAAAAGGUAUCUGAAAGUGCACUGCAAGCAGUGAAGAUCCAGGGAAACGGAGAAAUGCUGGCGACGGGAGCCAGAGACGGGUCGCUCACUGUAAUGGAAUUCUCACGCGUCCUCAGCACUCCCUAUGCCGGAGAAAAGCCUUACUACGCCUCCGUGAUAGAGCGGGAAAUACACCGGGAGAAGCUACACGAAGGCUUCCGUCGCGAUCAGCGCCUCAGGGAGAAGAUUGAGCGGGCAAAACAAUCAGCCCCGGCACCAGAAAUUCCUCCUCCAGUCGUCGAAGAAGAAAAGAAGAAGAAGAAAGAUCCCAUUGAGCAGGUCAAUCUUUACGAUACUAUUUUCAAGACCGAUUAUAGAGAAAACUGGACUGAGCUGAGGAACAAGCGCAUUGAACGGAAGAAGAACGCGAGUGACAUGGCCGCUUUGAUUGCGCGCAAGGCCACUCCGGACGAGCGCGACGAACGAGAGAUCAUGGAGCUCAAUGCGCCCGUCAUCAGUAUACACUUGCCCAAGGGCAUGUGAUGAACGGCCCAGCAGCCCGUGACUCUGAACACUGGCACAGCCAGUGUAUGCCCUGGACAUGGUGUUGCGCAAUGAUCCUAGUGUAUGCCCUGGACAUGGUGUUGCGCAAUGAUCCUAGUGUAUGCCCUGGACAUGGUGUUGCGCAAUGAUCCUAGUGUAUGCCCUGGACAUGGUGUUGCGCAAUGAUCCUAGUGUAUGCCCUGGACAUGGUGUUGCGCAAUGAUCCUAGUGUAUGCCCUGGACAUGGUGUUGCGCAAUGAUCCUAGUGUAUGCCCUGGACAUGGUGUUGCGCAAUGAUCCUAGUGUAUGCCCUGGACAUGGUGUUGCGCAAUGAUCCUAGUGUAUGCCCUGGACAUGGUGUUGCGCAAUGAUCCUAGUGUAUGCCCUGGACAUGGUGUUGCGCAAUGAUCCUGUUCAUCAGUCCACCUAUAUCUAUGUCGGUCAUGCAGAUUGUAUCUGUGUGCGCCUGGGGUCACAUGAUCAUGCAAGUAUACCGAUGUACUGCUUGGCUGAGUGAGGACUUUUUAUUGUGCACGGGGAGCGCGUUUUGGAAGGGCCAGUGCUUCCCAUAGUAUUCAAUUAUCGUCAUCAUCAUCAUCAACAUUCCGAUUCCGUAUCCUAACCGAAGCUAUUUUUAAUUGUCAAAUUUGCAGUAAACCAGAUUUUAUUGUCACUGUGUGUUUGGAUAUGGAUGUUACUUCAAACUGGUCAACGUAGUUCCUCAGUUCCCCAGAUAUCCUGCUGUACCCUCAUGCUCAUGUAUUCUGCUGCUUGACAUACAUGUACUUCAGGUAUAAUUUUUUUAGGAAAAUCUACUUGAUAUCGAAUUGUCCCAGCCAACAAAUUCUAUCCAAGAUCA